UCCGUACGGUCUGGUUUAGUUUGUCACCGAAACUGAUCCUUCACACAUCGCUCGGGCCACGAUCGUGCGCAAACGUGUGGUGCGGUGUACAGACGGCACGUGUCCUUUACUUCGAGUCGGGUGUUCGGCUGCUGUGUCCUGGAGACGUUUCGGUACUGGCAAGUGUUGGCAGGUUGUGGUGAAGAAGUGUGCGAACGAUUGAACAUAUUAAGUUGAAAGAUAUUUCAGUGAUUUUUUUUUUUGCGGAAAAAGUGUUGCACGGUUGUGGUGUGUAAAGGAAUAGCAGUUGAAACAGGCAACAAUGAAGCAUCUACUGGCAGGACUCGCCGUACUGUGCAUAUCGCUGGCAACGGUCCAGGCAGCACGCAUCAAGAUCCCGGCCAAAAGCCGCAACGAUGAUCUGUUCUCCGAGGACGAGUUUACGUUCCCGGCCGAGGAUAACAAGGAUCCGACCAACUUCACCGGCAACGUGAUGAAGGCAUCGAUCGUGAUGGCGGAGGUGCGCAACCAAGGCAAGGGCAAGUUCAAGUACGCGGUAGAGACGGAGAACGGUAUCGAGAUCGAGCAGAUUGGAAAGCUGAAAAAUGAUUCCAAAACGUUCGUCGUGAUGGGCUCGUACACGUACACCGGUGCGAACGGUAAACGGUACCGGGUGCGCUACACUGCCGACGAGUUUGGCUACCAUCCGAUCACCGAGCUUGAUCUGGACAUUCCCGAGCUAAACCAAGUGCAACCUACUCAGCGAACGAUCAGUCCGCUCAAGUUUACCACCCGACCGACUACGGCUCGGACAACCACCACGACGACUACCACCACGACCACUACCACCGAAAAGCCGGUCCUGCAGGAAGAUGGCUACCAUUACGAUCGCCCGGACAACGCGUACCUGCCGCCGAACAACGAGUAUCUGCCACCGCCCCAGCCCGACAUCGACUAUCUGCCGCCGAAGGAGGACGGGCCGCGACAGUACGACGAGCCGGCCGACCAGUUCCUGCCACCGAAGUAUGACCUGCGCGUCGGCGGGUUGGAGUGAGCGUUCCCAUCGUGCGCUGCCGGGCCAGGCGCCUGGGCAGCAGGGACAGCUGCGGACAGUACAACACGUGAGAUUAGCAAGGUGUACCGUAGGGUGUAGGAGUUAGCUGGAUGUAAGAGUUUAAGAGUCGUUAGACCUCAGUCAGGGAGAUACCGCCAGACACAGCAGGAUUAUAGGGGCACCGGCACAGCUGUGCUGAAAGUCGCUGUAGUGUUAUUACGAUAGGCGUAGCACAGGUAGAGCACACGUGGCCAAUAAAUUCUACAGUACAAAUUCA